CGGGACAGGGAGCGGGAUGGGGACGGGGAUGGGGACGGGGAGCGGGGUGGGGAUGGGGACAGGGAACAGGAAUGGGACGCAGGGUGAGGCCGUGAGGGCCCCCUCCCACAAGUGCAGGCUGGAGCCCCGGCACCAUGCCAAAAGGCGCUGCAGCCGCCGCUGCCCCAGUGGGCGCUUACCGUGACGCCGGUGCCCACCCCGUCGGCCAUGAUGGGGGGCCCAGGACAGGGACAGGGUCAGAAAUGGGGGGGUGGGGGGGGCAGGGUGGGGGGAUUUCCCACCCUGGGGGCAGCACUGGCCCCCGGCAAUCAGUCGUUCCCCCACGUUGGUGGGACCCGGCCCCGCGUCCCUCUGCCCCCCCCCUUGUGCAAUGGCUCCGAGGCUGCUGGGGGGUGGGGGGACACCCGUGGCCCCCCCAGUCCUGAGGGCAGCAGGAGGGCGAUGGGCAGCCAGGAUGGGGUGGACACAGAUGGGUGGGGGGGUUGCCCCCUCCCCAUGCAGAGGGGCAGGCACUGCUGCCUGCUGGGGGGGGGAUUUGGGGGGGGUCUGCAGGGACCUGCUCUGCACCCCGUGUCCGCCCCCAGGGGACAAACUGGGAGGGGGGGGAGGGGGGCUGCCCCUGCCCUUGGGGACAGGGCUGCUCACGGUCCCCAAGGCGGCAACGGCCUCCUGCGGCCCCCCCGCCCCGCCCCGAGCCUUAUCUCUCCUUCUUAUCAGCACCGGGCGCCAUCGCUCCCGGCGGUGCCGCCAGCCCAGGACUCAAGGGGUUACCGCUGCGGGCGUUGGCGCUGGGCAAGGUGCAGAGCAGGGGACGCGCCGCCGCCACCUCGGCCUCGCUAGCCCCGGCGCAUGGAGGCGGGAGCCGCGGUGCCGGGCAGGGGCCGCGGUGCCGGGCGACCUGGGCCACGCAUCCCGGCAGGAAUGCGCCCAUCCGGCCGGGGCGGGCGGCAGCGGGUCACGGCCAAGGCCGCGGGUCAUUAGUCGGCGGGGCGGCCGGCGCCGAGCGGAUGUUUGCGAGCUGUUGAGCUCCGAGCGCGCUGCGGCACGCGCGGGCAGGUGGCGGCGGCGAUGGCGAUGGCCCCCGGCUCCGCAGGGCGCGGAGGCCCCGCUGUCGGCGCCGGACCCGGCCCCCCCCCGACAGAGCAGCAGGACGCCUGCCCCGGGACCCCCCUGGUGCCCCCCGCCAUGGUGCUGCGGGAGUCCCCCUUCCCCAGCCGGGCGCUGGCAGCCCUCGACGGGCUGGCGCAGGGGCUGCUCUGCCCCGGCUUCUGGGCCCUCAACCGGCUCCUGGACCUGCAGCCGACGACGGCGGAGCGGGAACGGGGCUGCCGCUGCUGCGGCUGCACCGGGCGGGCGCUGGCGGGGCUGGCGUGCACGGCGCUGCUGCUGCUCUCGCUGCCCCUGACCGCGCUGGGGCUGCUGCUGUGGCUGCCCACGCAGGCGGCGCGGCGGCCCUUUGCCUGCCAUCACGCCACGACGGCCGCGGCCCCGCCGCCCUGGGACUUGCAGCAGCGCCGCAGCUUCACCUUUGUCACCGCCAACCUGUGCCUGCUGCCCAGCGGGCUGGCCAAGUUCAGCAACCUGGGCCAGACGCUGCAGCGCGCCGCCUACGCCGCCCGGCAGCUCGCCCCCGAGCCCCCCAGCGCCCGUGCCAGCCUCAUCCCGCCGGGGCACGGCGAGGCCGCCGGCUACGGGGGGACCCUCUGCAGCCCACCGCAGCCCCACGGCGAGGGUGGCCCCUGGCACUACGGCAGCGUGGCGGUGGAGGUGGAGGGGGACGCGGCUGAGCACACCCCGGCAGGCACGGCCAAGCUCCUCCCGGCGGACGCGUCCCAGCACUUCCCGGCGGACCUCUCCGAGCGCUUCCCAGCAGACGCGGACUUCCUCUGCCUGCAGGAGGUGUACGACGCGGGCGCUGCCGCCCGCCUGCGCCAGCAGCUGGCCAAAUCCUUCCCGCACAUCGUCUACGACGUCGGGGCCCGCGGGCUGCAGGGCUGCGGGCUGAAGCUCUUCGGCAGCGGGCUCUUCCUGGCCAGCCGCUACCCGCUGCUGGCCGUGCAGUACCACUGCUACCCCAAUGGCGCCCGCGAGGACGCCCUGUCCGCCAAGGGGCUGCUCUCCGUCCAGGUGCUGCUGGGCUGCGCGCAGGGGCAGCGCGUCGUGGGGUACCUCAGCUGCACCCACCUGCAGGCACCCGCACCCGACGCCGCCAUCCGCAGCAAGCAGCUGACGCUGGGGCUGCACUGGGUGCAGCUCUUCCAGGACGCCCACGAGCAGCACGGGGACAUCGUGGCCUUCGACGUCUUCUGUGGGGACCUCAACUUCGACAACUGCUCCCGAGGUGACGAGCCCAACCAGAGCCACGAGAUCUUCAAGCUGUACCGGGACCCCUGCCGCGUGGGGCCCAAGCGGGAUGAACCAUGGGCCAUGGGCACCCUGCUCGACUACCUGAAGAUCUACGAGGAGCCCGUGUCCACCCCCGAGAACAUGAAGAGGACGCUCUCGCAGCCCGGGGGCCGGCGGCAGUUCCUGGCGGGCCCCAUCCUGUCCAGUGGGCAGCUCGACCCCGAGGCCGGUGACGCCUGGCAGGGGCGGCGCGUGGACUACGUGCUGUACCGGCCGCACCGCAACGACCGGCAGCUGCGUGAGGAGGUGGAGGGCAUCUCCUUCAUCACCCAGCUGGCCUCGCGCUCCGACCACCUGCCUGUGGCGCUGCGCCUCGCUGUGGGCCCCGCAGCCCCCUGAGCACCGGCGGGGGCACGCAGCCUGGGGGGCACAUGCAGCCUGGGUGGCAGCCGGAGCCGUGCCCCCCUCCCUGCAGCUCGAGUGUGGCCAGGGGCCUCGCCAUGCACAAGGGGGUGCCGGCACCCACAGGGCUCCUGGGCCACAUCCGUGGGGCUGGGGGCUGCUGUGGGGCAGCACAGCCCCAUGUGUGUGAGCCUGGGCUGGGGGGGGGGGCGGGCAGCCACCCCACCCCCCCCAUGUUUUUUUUUUUAAUCAACUGGAGAGAAAUAAAAGCGAUGUGGGC